CGCCGCCGCUGCCGCCGCCGCCGCGACGGGCAGCCGGGCUCUCGGGCAGCCGGCUCCGGCACCUGCCCCUUGGCCUCGAGCCCCCGGCGAGUCUGGAGCCCGCGCCGUCGCCGUCUCCGACCGCGUCCUCCGGGCAUGGAAGGCGGCGGCAAGUCCAAGUCCGCGUCCAACAGUCGCGACGAUGGCAACAGCGUCUUCCCCUCCAAGGCACCCGCGACGGGGCCGGCAGUAGCCGACAAGCGCCUGGGGACCCCGCCGGGGAGCGGCGCGGCGGGGAAGGAGCACGGUAACUCGGUGUGCUUCAAGGUGGACGGCGGAGGCGGCGAGGAGCCGGCGGGCAGCUUCGAGGAUGCUGAGGGACCCCGGCGCCAGUAUGGUUUCAUGCAGAGGCAGUUCACUUCCAUGCUGCAGCCCGGGGUCAACAAAUUCUCCCUCCGCAUGUUCGGCAGCCAGAAGGCGGUGGAGAAGGAGCAGGAAAGGGUUAAAACUGCAGGCUUCUGGAUUAUCCACCCGUACAGUGACUUCAGGUUUUAUUGGGAUUUAAUAAUGCUAAUAAUGAUGGUUGGAAAUUUGGUCAUCAUACCAGUUGGAAUCACAUUCUUUACAGAACAAACAACAACUCCAUGGAUUAUAUUCAAUGUGGCAUCAGAUACCGUUUUCCUAUUGGACCUAAUUAUGAAUUUUAGGACUGGGACUGUCAAUGAAGACAGCUCUGAAAUCAUCCUGGACCCUAAAGUAAUCAAGAUGAAUUAUUUAAAAAGCUGGUUUGUGGUUGACUUCAUCUCAUCAAUUCCAGUGGAUUAUAUCUUUCUUAUUGUAGAGAAAGGAAUGGAUUCGGAAGUUUACAAGACAGCCAGAGCCCUUCGAAUUGUGAGAUUUACAAAAAUUCUCAGUCUCUUGCGUUUAUUACGCCUUUCAAGGUUGAUUAGAUACAUACAUCAAUGGGAAGAGAUCUUCCACAUGACAUAUGACCUCGCUAGUGCAGUGGUGAGGAUCUUCAAUCUCAUUGGCAUGAUGCUGCUCCUGUGUCAUUGGGAUGGCUGUCUUCAGUUCCUGGUUCCCCUGCUCCAGGACUUCCCACCUGAUUGCUGGGUUUCUCUAAACGAAAUGGUUAACGAUUCUUGGGGAAAGCAAUAUUCCUACGCCCUCUUCAAAGCUAUGAGUCACAUGUUGUGCAUUGGCUAUGGCGCCCAAGCGCCUGUCAGCAUGUCUGACCUCUGGAUUACCAUGCUAAGUAUGAUUGUUGGAGCUACCUGCUACGCAAUGUUUGUUGGCCAUGCCACAGCUUUGAUUCAGUCUUUGGAUUCUUCAAGGAGGCAGUAUCAAGAAAAGUAUAAGCAAGUGGAACAAUACAUGUCAUUCCACAAAUUACCAGCUGAUAUGCGUCAGAAGAUACAUGACUACUAUGAACACCGAUACCAAGGCAAGAUCUUUGAUGAGGAAAAUAUUCUUAAUGAACUUAAUGAUCCUCUGAGAGAGGAAAUAGUCAAUUUCAACUGCCGGAAGUUGGUAGCAACGAUGCCUCUCUUUGCUAAUGCGGAUCCCAAUUUUGUGACUGCUAUGCUGAGCAAGCUGAGAUUUGAGGUGUUCCAGCCUGGAGACUACAUCAUUCGAGAAGGAGCUGUGGGGAAGAAAAUGUAUUUCAUUCAGCAUGGUGUUGCUGGUGUCAUCACCAAGUCCAGUAAAGAAAUGAAGUUGACAGAUGGCUCUUACUUCGGAGAGAUUUGCCUCCUGACCAAAGGCCGACGCACUGCCAGUGUUCGAGCUGAUACAUACUGUCGUCUUUAUUCCCUUUCGGUGGACAACUUCAAUGAGGUCUUGGAGGAAUAUCCAAUGAUGAGAAGAGCUUUUGAGACAGUUGCAAUUGAUCGACUCGAUCGGAUAGGCAAGAAAAACUCCAUUCUCCUUCAGAAGUUCCAGAAGGAUCUAAACACUGGUGUUUUCAACAAUCAGGAGAACGAGAUCCUCAAGCAGAUUGUGAAACACGACAGAGAGAUGGUGCAAGCUAUCCCCCCAAUCAACUACCCACAAAUGACAGCCCUGAAUUGCACAUCAUCAACCCCCACCCCAACCUCCCGCAUGAGGACACAAUCUCCACCUGUCUAUACUGCAACCAGCCUGUCUCACAGCAAUUUGCACUCGCCCAGUCCCAGCACACAGACGCCCCAGCCCUCAGCCAUCCUCUCACCCUGCUCCUAUACCACAGCAGUCUGCAGUCCACCUGUACAGAGCCCUCUGGCCACACGAACUUUCCACUAUGCCUCUCCCACUGCUUCCCAGCUGUCACUCAUGCAGCAGCCGCAGCAGCAGCUACAGCAAUCCCAGGCACCGCAGACUCAGCCUCAACAGCAGCCGCAGCAGCCGCAGCAGCAGCAGCAACAGCCACAGACACCUGGUAGCUCCACACCGAAAAAUGAAGUGCACAAGAGCACGCAAGCACUUCAUAACACCAGCCUGACUAGAGAAGUCAGGCCCCUCUCGGCUUCACAGCCCUCGCUGCCCCAUGAGGUGUCCACUAUUAUCUCCAGACCGCAUCCCACUGUGGGCGAGUCCCUGGCCUCCAUCCCUCAGCCUGUGGCAGCUGUCCACAGCACGGGUCUUCAGGCAGGGGGCAGGAGCACAGUGCCACAGCGUGUCACUUUGUUCCGACAGAUGUCCUCAGGAGCCAUCCCCCCCAACCGAGGAGUGCCUCCAGCACCUCCACCACCAGCAGCUGUGCAGAGAGAAUCUCCCUCAGUCUUAAACACAGACCCAGAUGCAGAAAAACCACGUUUUGCUUCAAAUUUAUGAUCUUGCUGUUUGUCAAAGCAGAAAAGAAAUACUCUAAUAGACAGAAUAUUCACAGAUAUUAUUUUAUUCUAUCAAAUGAUAGAUCCCUAUAGCCUACUCUGAAAAGAUAUUUUAGACAGCUCUGGCCUUCAUGCAAAUGUAAAAACAUAUAUACAUAUGCAAUUAAAUAUAUAUCUAUAUAUAAAUGCCCAAGAGAAGUUCAAAAGACUUGUAUAGCAUUCAGUGUUACAUGUCUUCCUUUCUUUAAAACCAUUAAAGAAUUUAACCUGUUGUUGUAAGAUCAUUGAUUUCUAAGCCACUUUUACUUAAUUCCUUUGAUAUAUAAAUAUAUUUCUCUCUUUUAUGAAGAGUCCUUGAGGUCAAUGGAAUCAAAACUCAGAUUUUGAAAAGGCAACUCCAAUUCAUUCUAGAACAGCACCAAUCAAAACUUUCUUUCAUCAACUGUACCUCUGCAUCUAGAUUGUUAAUUAUGCGGGAUGAAAUAACCAAAUCCCAGUUUAUAACUCUAAAUUGUAUUUUGGUGCUUUAAAUUUUGAGUUAAGUGAAAGAACACACUACAUUCUCAGCCACCAUAGGAGACUAACAUUGCCACUGCUAAGGCUCUCUCUAACCUCAAACAUGUUCUUAGAUUUGACAGAAAGGUGAGGAGAUACUUGUCCUCACAUGUUAUUGGACUUUCGUCAAGACUAAAUUAAUGUUAGCUGUAAAUAACUUUUCCAACCCAAAUAAAAGUAACUAUUCUGUGUUGUAUAGAGGUAAAAGUCACUCACUGUUAAGAAUUUAGUUUUAUGCCUUCACUUCAAGAGUAAAGCGUUUUAAAUGUCACAAAAUCAACUGUAACGCAAUGGCUUCAGACCUACAAUAUUAUUUCAACUUGCAAUAUUUUAUGCAAAAUUGUAUGCUUGAAUCUACAAAUUGCUUGUAUUACACCAAAAAUUAUUACUUUUCUUCCUUAUUGACAUAAUCAAGAAUCUGAAACUAGUCCUGGCAUGCUUUUUGGGGCAAAAAAGUAGAUUCCAAUCAGUCAUUGUAAGAAAAGGCUUACAGUAUUUCUCACUUCUAGACUAUAUAACAAUUCAUUAAUUGCCUCUUUUAGAAUUCUUAAAAGGCUGAAUUGGAUCUCUGACUUUAAUCUAGAAGUGAGGUUUUCACUUUAAUUUAAUAUUACUGCUGUUAUCAUCAUUUAAACAAUUAUUUGCAAAUCACAGCUUGGUUUGGAGUUAAAUGUGUUGUGUGUCUUCAUGUCUAGCUGGUAGUUUAUUGUGAUGUUAAUGUGAAGAAAUAAAUAUAAUAUAUCAUCACAUCUGUUUGGAAAUGCACAUUUGCCCUCUGUAUAUUGUAACUAAGCAGUUAGUAAAUCUUAAGGCAUGUGGUAACCAACAUAGUCCUUAGAUAGACAGGAGGUUUGUUUUUAUUUAAUGUGCUGAAAAUAGUGUGGACGUAGUAAUAGGAAGCAGGGGUGAGGUUGAAGUGUCUGUAAGCAUUGUUUGUCUGUUUACUUGUUUUCUUAAUUCUUUCUGUGAGCAUCAGCCUCUUCUUGAGAAGUCCCUUAGUGAACUGUGUGCUUACUGCAUCCCACACAUGUGGGGGAUGACUGGAACACAAUGGGAUGAUUCCUAAUGUCUGACUUCCGUAAAUAACUCAAGAGAGUGACCUGAAGUGAAGGUCUUUAGAAACACAGGCAGAGAUGAUUCACUUAAGAAUGUAUAGACCACACAUUCUAUUGGGACAGAACCUCUAGAUAGAUGUGAGGAUAGAAAACAAAAGCAGAAACAAAAGCUCUAAAGUGGAUCCAUGUUGCCUGUUAUGCCUUUUACGGAUCUAACACCCAUGAAACCAAAAAGGGUUGUUAUGCUUAAUUGCUAACAGUUCCUAACUUGUGUGGAAGUAAUCAGCAAUGUUAGGCAUGGUGACAUGCUGCUGACCAAUGACAGCCCAUUGGGAACGAUGUAAGGGAGAGAUCGUUUGUCCUACCUAGAAUCUAUGGGAAAGUCACAAGGCCAUUUACAUAUCAGUACAAAACUCCUUUAUUUUGUUAAAAUAUAAAAAUUAGCUCCAAUUUAUUAAGAUCAUGCACUAAUCCUUUAAACUAUUAAAGGUUUACAUUUGACAGGACUAAUGGGUUUGGUAGCAAAAUAUUUUUUAUACGUAAAAAAUUUUGAGCACUAUUGGGAAACAUCAGCAAAAUUGAAUUGCAUGAUCAUUCUGUGCAACCAUGAAAUUUUUAUUCACUUUGUUCUAGAAUGGACAAAGAAUCCUAAGGUUUAUAUGUUAAACUAACAAAAUGGUACAGGGUAAAUUAUAUACACAUAUGUAUGAAUGUAUAUACAUUUAGAUUAAGAAGAAAGCGACGUACAUUCCUGUAAUAUAAAGGCACAGUGCUAGGUGAACAUGACUUUUUUUUCUCUGUACAUAGUUAAGCUCAAGUGUGGAGUUUUAAUCUGUACAGAAAGAACUGUAUUAUUGAUCUUUUGCUGCUGACAAGAUAAGAAAAUAUCGGAUCCUUACCACUGUAUGACCAGGGAAGAGUUAGAGUAGAGCUAGAGUAUGUCUUUUGUCUUUGCUCAAAGCCAUACAUAUAAAUAUAUAUAAAGAUUAUUAAUAAAUACAACAGAAAAUAAACUAAAAUUAUGAAUAUUUUAUUUCAUUGUUGAACUCUAAUGAGAUGCUUUGCUUUGUUGAUAAGUAUACAUUUCCUUGUCCUUCUGUCUUUGUAUAAUUUCCAAAAAGAUUUAUUCUUGAAAAUCACCAUACAACUCUUAUAACACAAAUACACAAUGAACAUUACUUAAACAGAACAUGGAUUUCCCAAUCAUCCCUUUGUCUAACUUUACCCAUGUAGUAAAUCUCUGUUUAUUCUAUUCUUUACUCUAUGCUUCUUUAAUACAUGGUAUUUGUCCAGUUUCCAGUCACAGCCAUGUUUAUAUCCUUGGAUAAGAGGAUGGUUUUUAAUUUAUGUACAGGACCUGUUUUCUUUGGGCUUUUCAAAUGCCUCUAAUGAGUCUUGUCACAACGGGUGUAAAUAGUGAAGUACUCUUAAACACAAUGAGGAGAAAAAAAUGUGUUUUGCAAUUUACUGGCAUCCUGGAGCACACAGCCUGCCUCCAGGUCUCUGUGGCCUCCAUGAGGGAACAAUGACUAAGUGCAUGUCAUCCUACUCUUAAAAGAUGAUUAUUAUACUAUUCACAGACUUAGGUGAACACAGUAUUUUCAGGAUACUGCAAAGGAAAAACAAAACAAGUUAUUCUAUUCAUUCCACAGGACAUGAACAAUUUAAGCAAUAUGAUGAAUUUAAUCUUUUAAAUAUGUUAUUUUAAAACUGUAAUUCUCACGUUUCACAGUACAAAUCAUUUCUAAUAGUCUUUCAGGAUUGUUGGGUAAAACUGUCUCCAUCUAUUCUUUACUGACUUAGGGAUUUUUAUUUGAUAAUUUUACUAUAAUUUCUCCUUUGGAUGUUACUUUCCAUAUUUAUAUAAAACCACAUGACUAAGAUUUUUCUCACUUUUAUCUCCAGCAUGGUAGAGUAUGUGUCAUGCAAUGCAGUUAUUGGAUAGGUUACUGUUGCUGUUGUUAUCAUUCAUGUUCACUAACUCCAACAAGGAUUUACUAUAUGCUAGGCUAAUCUACCUAAAAAUUUAUCAGUCUGUGCCAUGAAAAAUGUUUAUUCCUAUAAUAUAGUCAGGUACUGAGCUAUACUGAACUUUGAAUACUCAAAAAAUAGUCAUGAAAUAUGCAAUCGAAUAUGUGGACCAAAUUUUACCUCAGUUCUUUUAACUUUGUUCAAAAUAGUUCCCAGAAUUUUUGGAGAUUGCUUUUCUUCCCUGAGGCAAUUGACAUCUUCAUGGAUGGGUCAUUUUGACCUUGUACACAUUCUUAACUUAAAGGUAUAGGAAGCAUAAAAACAUCCUGGUGGAGCAAGAAACCCAUCUCCACAAAAGAUCACUUCCUUCUGAUUCAAGUCUGACUUUUUGAAUAUUUGAUUGCUUUACACUUUGUGCAGUUUGACCAUGAAAUGCCAUUACUACCUGUUACUGAAACAACCUCUCUCUAAUUCGAGGUGAUGAGGAAUGGAGAAAAUUGUCUAAGCAAAUCUGGAAUUCCAGUGAUAUGAGUGACAUAUUUGUUCCAAGUAUAAUUUUUGAUUUCUCAGAUGACUCAAAACAAGAAAAAUGUUGUUUUAUAAAGUCAAAAUUAAUGUGAGAACCAUAACCUAUUCCUAAUUAAGACAGGACCUCACACCACCCUCACAUGACCAUGCCGUUCUUAUUUUACCAUAAUCCCACCCCUGUUCCUUGGCCAAGAGUGGAUGAGUAGUGACAAAUGAAGACUUGAAAACUUUGUUGAAUGAAGCCUUGUGAAGACUUGUCCAUGUCCUAUUAUGAGACUUUUUCAAAGAUAAUAUUAAAAUAAAAUGUAUGCAAGUCUAUGAAUUUAUUUCCAGGAUCCUUGAUGUGGAAUGCCAGUAGAAAGAAAAAAUUAUGAAGAAAGAAUCUCCAUAUAAUGGUAAAUGAAACUUGCUUCUAAAUGUGAAUGUUUAAUACAGCACUGGUAACUGGCAGUAGUCACAUCUCACUGAAGCUGGAAUGAGCCAUAGAUUAAAGAAAACUAUUCUGAAACAGUCAAACUGGAUCUAAGUCCUUUUAAAAAGCCAUUUUUAUUAUAAGGCCAAAGGUUUUAUAAUUUUAUAUUUUAUUCUUAAUUUUAUGGAGCAAUGAAAGGGUACAUGGUGAAUUUGUGUUUUGCUAAUGUGAAAAGAAAUAAAAUUAAUUUGCGACAGAGCAAGAACUAAGGCUAUUUGUUACCUCACACUACUUGUGAGGCUGCUAGGCCAGAAGAAAGAUCCUUUGUGUGUCAAAGAGUGGGGAUAAUUGCAGGACACCAAAAAUUCACCAGUUUUGCAUGUAAAAACUGUACAGGUGAAAGGCAAGGGCAUGAAGAAUCACAAAUGAAAAUGCCUUAGAAUAUAUAACAGGGAAAUGAUUUGGUUUCAAAUGAAGCUCUUUCCCCAGAAACGACUUAUGGUAUCCUGUUCCACAGACUGAAAAAUGUAGACAUUCUUAGGGGGAUGUUUCACUUCUAAUGUAGCAUAAAUCACCAUUCAACUCAAUGAAUACCAGCUCCUUUAUUAUUCUGAAACUAUAAUUAUUUUGUUAACAUUUGAACAGGCUAUGCUAUUUAUCCAGUGGACACAUCCACAAAAAAUAAGUGCAUACAGCACUUCUUCAAAAGUAAGGAUAUUUUUAUUUCUUAUAUUUCCUAGGCAGAAAUAACAGCCUUUUGCCAAGAUUUAAGUUAAAAUUUUAUUAUAUUAAGCAUAGAUUUCUACAAAGAUAAUUCAGAUUUGUAGAAGCAACAUAUUAUCUUAAAACAUAUUUUAGUUUCUGUAUAUAGUUUAAAUUGUGGCAAACCCCUCAGAAGCAUGAGACACAAUUUUCAAGGAAGUACUCACAUAAGUCAUUUGAGAGAUCAAACCAAUUAGCCCAAUGUAUAGCCUUUGCUUCUCAGUAUUUAAAAACAAAAAUUGCUUGCCUAACUCCUGUAAGAUAUGUUGCCAAGGUCUUACAAAAAAUUCUAUUGAUAACAAGCAAUUCUGAAUGCCUGAAAUUAUAAUAUUCUGAUAUUUAGCGUGAAAUAUUGAAGUUCAGUCAUAUUAGAUAUAAUUUCAUAAAGAAAAUAUUUGUGCAUAGACAAAGUAACUUAUGUCUUCCAUAUAUCUCUAUUACAAUGAUCCAAAAUAUAGUAACCAUAUUGACUCGCAGAUGAAAGUAUGGAAAGGUGCAAGCAAUAAUGUCCCUCAGAGUAAAAUGCUGGACACAUCCUGAAACAACAUAAAUCAAAUUCUGUUUGACAUCGCAAUCAAGAACAGCCUUCAGGGUCAGUGCCAAGUUAAUAUAAAUAUUCAAAAUUGUGAUUUAUCUCUUCUCGGCAAUAGCAAUCUCAUUUUGGGAGGUAGCCAAAAUUAAUUUCAAGCCAUAGUUUCUCAAUCUGAUAAAUGAUCAUGUUAUCACCACUGUUUAUGGUAAGAAGCAAAUUGUGGUUUAUCUUCUGUGUAGUUCAUAACUGUUCCUAAAGGCCUAGAGAUGAUCUGAAAGCAUUGGCCCAUACAGGAUCACAGAGUCUGACUAUGCACGGUGAAAACACUGUGGUAUUUACAUUAAAAGGGUUAAUGACAUCUCAGCUUAAUAUAUAAAAUAUCUAAAAAUAGUUGUAGCUCCUUAGAGGCAAAAACGACCUGUGUUAAUUUUGUACAUCUUUUUAAUGGGAUGAAUAUUUACAUAGGACACUCUGUGUUUCUACAAGUAAAAGCAACUUUUAGUUGCUUAGAGGAACUCUUUACAUUGAUAACAGAGAUAAAGGGGGCUAUCUUUAUAUUAGCCUUUUUCAAAAGUGCACAAGCAAAAAUGUAUUACAAUGCUUUGUUACUCCCUAUACUAAGUAUGAAUGUUGGCCAGUUUUAUGAUUACCUGUGUCUCAGUAUUGUAGGCUAAAGUUGACCAGAUUUCUAGUAAGAUGACAAAGUUUCUUUCUACACUGGGUUGUUUAUGAGCAAAUGAAAGGGAGAGAUGGAGGGAUGGAUGGAUGGAAGGAGGAAGGAGGGGAUUUGGCUUAACAAUAUUACUUUUUUAGUCACUUGAUGACAGAUUAUUAACUUCAUCAUAUAUUUUGAAGUUAGUUGGAUAUGGAAAAACAGCCCAGUGGAAAUCUUGAUGUUGCCAGAAAGCUUCUCAAGCAUUUUAUUAGAAGUGAUGGACACUUUGCAAAUGGGCAUUCAAAAGUGUUCUAGAAAGAUUCUGGGUGUUAUUUCAUUAUAGUCCUUCUUUCCUGUAGGUCGAUGGUUUCUCAACCUGUGGGUCAUGACUCCUUUAGGGUCAGAAGGCCCUUUCACAUGGUUCAUCUAGUCUAUCUGAAAACACAGGUAUUUACAUUAUGAUCCAUAACAUUAACAAAAUUAGUUAUGAAGUAGCAGGGAAAACAAUUGUAUGGGAUUCUGCACAACAUAAGGAAAUGUAUUAAUGGGCUGCAUUAAGAAGAUGGAGAAUGACCACUUUUGAUAGUAAUACAUUACAAUCAUCCAAUUGACUUCAGUUGGUAUGUCUGCCCAAGAAAUGAGGUUAUGGCUAUAAUCUUAAACAACUUCGAAAACCUAUCCCAAGGAAUUCCUACCUAUCAGCUUCAAACACCAUAUUUCAUAAAACAUCUAUUCCUGUGAUAACAAAAUUUGGAGUUUCUGGCAAGAAAAUUUUGAUAUUUUAAUGACAUUAUAUCUCAUAAUUAUGACUCCAUUAUCCAUUAAAAGCUUUACAGGCUUACUAUAAAUAAGCAUGCUAUGUCUACAGAAAAUUGUAAGCAUGCCAUUAGUCCUUUAUUUUAUAUCUGAGAACAGGAAAGAAGCCACCAGCUAGAAAAAGAAAAAAUGCACAUUUCAGAUAUUAAUCUGCUUUUAUAAUAUAUAAUUGCAGUUAAUUUUCUUCUAGCCUGACCAAGAAUUGAUGUGUAACUCACAAACAAUGUCUACAGGCCUCAGGUUCCAAAGUAAACAAAAGGUCAUCCAAUUCCAGUACAUGAAAGAGAAAGUGACACAGAUUAGUAGCAGAUGUAAUCUGAAUGCAUUGUUCAGUAUUCAUUUCUAUUAUAUGUUGUAUUCAGCGGUUGUGCUAAAGGCAAGUAGAAGCAUAACACUGACCUGGUAAGGAAGACUACUUUAAAAUACAUGAUAUAAAGGAUUUUUUUAUUGUGUAUGGGGCUCAUUGUUGUCAUCGCUUAACAUUACAUCCAUUUCUGAUUUUUUGCGGAGUAUUUCUAUAGAUUAUUUAUUCCCUGUUUGCUUUCUUCACCAUAAUAUAUUACAUAUGUGCCUUGUAUAAUAUGAAAAAUAAUCAAAUAGUCAUGGGUUUAUUUAAAAUACACUUAAAGAUGGGUACUUCAAGUCAAUAUAGUCAUCCUAAAGGAAGUCAUAAAAUAUGAAUAAAUUUAGAAAGAGGUAGAAGGGGUUCAUCUGAAAUUGCAAUAAAAAAUGCAGAGGUGAAGGAGAAGCUGCCAUAGCCUCAAGACCGAACUUUAAAUCCACAGAAAUAAAAGAAACAUUGGAAAGAAACUUGGGGGAAUAAAACAAGAUCCAUGUGUAUUCGUGUUUUGAGACCUAAUCUUAUUUCUACCUUCUGCAAUAUUAACAAUGGUGUCAUCACAAAUCCUAAGCACUUAAUUUCAAGAACAGUGUGGCUACUGGGAGAAAGGAAAGUGUUGCGAGAAUCCAGAAUGUAGAUAGACCAAAAAUGUACCUUUUUCAAUUGAAAAGAAUACCUACAAGCAAACAAAGGAAAGACAGCUUUGUACCCUGGACAGAAGCAUGAAGUGGCAGAGUAUGAUUUAGACACACAAAUGCACAGAAGGCCUCUGAAGUGCCAUGGUGACAGGGUUUCCCACAACCCCAAGUGAGAGCAUACAAUGCUAACAGUCUUCACACAAAAACUACACAUCAAAGGGGUGCCUUCUUUCCCCCAAUUACUCUCUUUUCUCACUGUAAACUAACAGGAGGGUUACCCGUUUUUGUUCUCGUCGUGUUCAGUAAUACUCUUCAUGUGAAAGGUUUCAACUAAGAAGUCCAAUCAUUAGAGAGUGGGGGUGUAUAUGGGAAUAGCAUGACAAAGAUUUGCCCAAUAUAAUUGUCUCACAGUAUAUAUAUGUUAAGUUUUAAAUUAUUUUAAGUGUUCUUCAUUAGUUCUAUCCAUACUGUGAUAAAACAUAUUUGUAAAUAUGUAACAAUUUUUCUACCAAUAACUCAUUUCAGAAGAAGAAACCAUGAUAAAAUCUUCCCCAUAAAAACUGGAUUGAGAACUACUAUCCUCAAUGCAAAGGCACUUUUUUUCUAUAAUUUUUUAUUGCUGAACAUUUUUAUCUUUUUUCUUUCCUUUGUGUUUCUCCUUUCUUUCUUUCCUUACUUCCUCUCCCAUAGUGUCUAUAUCUAGUUUUCUAUUUUAUGUUGUUUUUCUAUUUUCAUAUUGCUUUAUAAUCCUGGCUAUUCUAAAAUUUACUGUGUAGACCAAGAUGACGUUCAAACUUGUGAAAAUCCUUCUGCCCCCACUUCCUGAAUGCUUGGAUUAUAGGUAGAUGCCACCAUUCCACAUCAUACAUAACGUCUUGUUUUAUAUGAGAGUGUGUUACCCAAUAAAAACGUAUUUAACUUAGAACAAAUAGAAUGACUAACAGGAAAAAUUACUAAGGGAAAGAAGUCAUAUUAAUUUGAAAACAUCAAAUGGACUGACUGUGCUGUCCACAAUUUCUUACAUCAGAUCUAUAAAUCUCAAUACUAAUACAAGGAGAAGCAUGGAUCUUAUUUAAUAGUUACCAUAGUGAAUGAAGCUUGCACAUUUCUGUGAGGAACUGGAAAUGCAGCCAGAGGCAUACUAAUGGUAACAUCUGAAGGAAAUCUAGUGGCACUUUUACAUGUAUUGUUAUUUUCAUGUUGUUUCGAAACCUUCUAUCUAGUAACAUUUUUUGAGUAUGUGAAUUUCUUCAAGUUCAAACUAAGCCAUUACUUCAGCUUGUUGUUUUGGGGUCCUAUUACUUAUCAAAUUCAUUCCUUGAAUAAUAACAUGUGUCAAGAAAUAACCUGGCUAUUGUGUAUAUAGCUAUGAUUUAAAACGAAUAAAAAUGUGGGCUAGACAGGUACCUGGCUUGGUGGUUAGGAACAUUUAACGCUUUUAUAGUGGACCUGGAUUCAUUUGCACACGUCUGAUUGUUAUUGUAGUUUCAGGAGAUCCAGGGAACUAAUGUCCUCUUCUGUCCUCCAGCGAUAUCAGGAAUACACACAUGUACCCAAACAGAUGCAGACAAAACUCCCAUGCACAUAAAAUAAAAACAUACAAAUCUAUUUUUACAGAGAAAACAAAGGUUUGUACUCCUGUUAAGUUUAUGUAUUUAAAGAAAGAAACAAGUGAUAAACAAAUAAGUAAAACUGUAGACAGAGAAGAAAGCACUGGAGGAAAGAGGUGUCGGGGGAAGAGGAGGGAGUGCCAGGAAUAAGGACUGGGAGGAGAUGCUGUUUCCAGUGCUGUCAUCAAUGAUGAUUCAUAAGAGAGAAAGUGAACAAUACCAAUGUACACAGACAGGCAGACUAUCUGAGAGCCCAAUGCCUUUCUGUGACUUGUUAUUAAAAUUGUAACACAGGGAUUGACAUCAUUAGUACCUUCAAAAGUGUUUAUUAAGAGCAGGUUCCUAGGCCUGAUGCCACACAGGCAGCAGUGUGCUCUCUGACAGAGUCCAUGGGAAUGUAUUAUACUAUGGAGAAGCAUGAACUGGAAAAUUUUAAGAGAGACAAAUGAACUGUCAGAGAUAUUGACAUUUUUGGGAAUGACACAUCACAUAAGAGAUAUUGUCUACACAGGGAGAGUGAGAAGGCUUCAGAUAAACAUGCAGAACUUGAAGGCCACAGCCAGUCUUGCAUAUCACCAUUUUAUCCUGGACCAUGCAGAACUUACUUUGAUUUACAUUCUUUUCCCCAGCCUAUCCCUGGCACUUCUAUGGAAGCAGAAAAAAGAAAAUGAAGAUAUGUUGUAUUAUAAUUUCCUCACUUUAAUUAAGUCUUGCUAUCACAGCCACUAAAGUUUCUAAUCUAACAUUAAUCUGCUAUAUUUUCUUUCCAACUACUGUUUAAUGUUAACAACCACUCAUUCUCAUUGUAAAAAUAAGUUGCCGAAUGUUCUGUAACUGAGCUUCUAUUUUCCCAUUAAAUCUAAGCACCUGCCGUGUUUUAAAA